AUGAAACAUAAGUGCUAUCUAUCUAUCAUAUCUAUCUAUCUAUCUAUCUAUCUAUCUAUCUAUCUAUCUAUAUAUAUAUCUCUUUCGUUUUUCUUUCUUUCUUUCUUUUUCUUUCUUUCUUUCUUUCUUUCUUUCUUUCUUUCUUUCUUUCUUUAUUCUUUCUUUCUUUCUUUCUUUCUGUCGUUAGUUGUUUUUUUCUUUCGUCAGUUCUUUAUUUCUUUCUUUUCGUUCUUUCUUUCUUUCGUUAGUUCUUCCUUCUUUCUUUCUUUCUUUCUUUCUGUCUUCUUUCUUUUUUCUUUCUUUCUCCUGUUAGAUCUUUCUUUCUUUAGUUCUUUCUUUCUUUUGUUCUUUCUUUCUUUUGUUCUUUCUUUAAUAAGUUCUUUCUUUUUUCUUUCUUUCUUCAGUUCUUUCUCGCUUUCUUUUGUCAGUUCUUUCUUUCUUUCUUUCGUUAUUUCUUUCUUUCGUUAUUUCUUUCUUUCUUUCUUCAGUUCUUUCUUUCUUUCGUUAUUUCUUUCUUCUUUUUUUCUUUCUUACUUUUAA